UCCCUAAGACACAUCGGAAGUGUGGAAUUUGAACGAGUGGCUGAAAGACAAAACUUUCAGCAUUGUUUAAACCUUAAAUUUAACCUCGUGCAGUCAAGUGUUAAUCUUAAGGUCUAUUAUGCACUGAAAAUACCAACAGACUCAGACUUUUCGAACAAACUAAGAGUCAGAUCAGCAGAAACAAAAACACGGAAAUGUUUCCUGUAACUGCGUCGCUCUGCUCGACUUUGCUGAUUCUCGGUGUCUUCGUGUUUGUCUCUGCAGACAAGAAAACCAUCACAGCUGAGUCUGGACAGAACAUCACUCUGCCAUGUCGAGCUACAAACAACAACAUCUUAGCUGUAGAGUGGAGCAGAGCCAACCUGGGAGAUGAAUAUGUGCUUUUGUACAGGGAUGGCCGAUGUGAACCAGACGAGCAGCAUCCAUCUUUUAAGAACCGGGUGGAUCUGCAGGACAGACAGAUGAAGGAUGGAGACGUGUCUCUGAUUCUGAAGAAUGUGACGAUUAAUGACACUGGAACAUAUAAGUGUCGUGUAAAGACAGGAAAUAAUCGCAGAAAAAGAGCAAAUCUGAGUGGUGACCCCAUCAGCAUCAUCAACCUGAGAGUUGUUUAUCCUCCAGGUCACACAGGAGGACACACAGAGGACGGACCUGUUGGACUGAAAGUUGGUCUGAGUGUUCCCAUUGUGCUUAUUGUUGCUCGAUUAUUGAUCAACUGA